AUGACGUCUGGCUGGACAAGGACGAGGAAGUGGAGUUCUACAUCUCGCUUCACGGUCAAGCAGACGUACGACAAGCUCCAGCCGAAGAGGACGUUCACACCACACAUCUCCAACCAUCACAACAGCGCCAGCGAGUGCAACGCUGACAUCGCGAUACACGGGCCGCAGAGUGCGCGGCACGGAUGGGAAUGGUACGAGAUGGGGUUCUUCGCAUGCUGGACGAAGUCGGGGUCGGUCACGCUGCUGUGCUUCGAUCUGCCUGCGAAGUUGCGAUCGGACAUCCAGUCAAUGACCUGGCCGCAGGAUGUCUCUCUUUCUUGUCCGUACGCCGUGUUUCCGCAGGUCUUGGAUGCGCUUCUUCGGCUGUAUGAUGACUCGGUCUGGGCGAUCAGAAACCACAUCAGCCAGUGGGAAGCCAGGAGGUUAGUAGAUACCGACUACUUCCUUUUGCACGAGAUCGCGAGACACGGGGUGCACGUCAGCGAGACUCUCAGCGUGGCCAUACGGUCUCUUGACGCCAUGCAGCAUCACCAUGAGCGGUUCCGUGCAAACAACGACCUCGCCCGCAGCAAGAAUGGCCGCAGACGCUGGGACAAAGCUUUCAACGCUGCCGCACAGAGGGACAGCAUGGUCCAGCUGCAGAUAGGAGAAGAGGCGAAGAGAGAAGCGUCGGCGAUGAAGGCGAUCGCUGUGGUCUCGAUGACUUUCUUGCCAGCCCCUUUUGUUUCUACGAUCUUUGGAACCAACUUCUUCUCGUUUGAGCCUGACAGAGACGCUGGACAACCGCUGUUUGCUGUGUCCCGUCAGUUCUGGGUAUACUGGGCACUUUCUGUUCCACUGACUGUGGCAACGCUGGCUUUACCAGUACGACGACCGGCCGUUCACUUCGGCAAUAUCGCAUCGAGCAAUCAGCUGCAGAUAUCUGCCGUCGAGAGCAAGAGAGUGCAGCGAGAGCACGAUGUCAUCUGCUUCGAGAUGGAAGCAGCUGGAGUGAUGGACGAGUAUCCGUGUGUAGUUGUCCGGGGCAUCUGCGACUAUGCAGACUCGCACAAGAACAAGGGCUGGCAGAACUACGCGGCAGCUACGGUGGCAGCGCUACAGAUCGACCCUUACCCCAGCACACUGCAAGCACACAGAACAACACGUUCGGCAAGAGCAGAGACAGCACCCAAGCAGUCGUCGUUGACGGGUGUGAGGCUGCGGGUGUUCCUGACGAGCAGGCCGGAAGUGCCGAUCCGACAUGGGUUCGGGCAGGUGUCGGACACGGAGCACAAGGACGUCGUGCUGCACAACAUCUUGCCGUCGAUCAUCGACCAUGACAUAUCCACUUUCCUUGAGCACCACCUCAGGUUCAUUGUAAAGGAAAGCUAUCAGGAUGCUGACUGGCCGGGCGCAGAAGUAAUCAGACUGUUAGUGCAGCAUGCUAGCAGUUUGUUCAUCUGGGCAGCAACUGCCUGUCUCUUUGUUCGUGAAGGGCUAUUCCCCGAUGUGAGAUUGCGCAUACUUGUUGAGUGCAGUAUCUCUCGUGAUGUAGCCGCGCCAGAAGAACAGCUCAACAAGAUGUAUCUCACAGUCCUACAGACCUUGGUCCAGCCUGGAUACAGUACGCAUGAGACGACGAUGUACUACACCAUGCUGCGACUUAUCCUGGGAGGUAUUGUGGUGUUUGCUUCUCCGCUUUCUAUUAGAUCCUCAGGUGCGCUCCUCGUCCCAAAGCAUAGGAUGCACUGUAUGCUGAAGGAUCUGCAUGCUAUUCUCAACAUUCUAGAAGACCCACUGCAGCCGCUUCGUCUGCACCACCCUUCGUUUCGCGACUUCCUCCUUAGCAUAGACAGAUGCAGCGACGACAGCUUCUGGGUAGACGAGCGCAGCACACAAGAGAAGCUGGCGUUUCGCUGCCUUCAGCUCAUGUCCGCGCCCAACGGCCUUCGGCAGGACAUAUGCGGUCUUUCGAAACCUGGGACGCUGAGAAGCGAGAUAGAAGAGGAAGUAGUGGCUAGCAGCCUCUUGCCUGAGCUGCAGUAUGCGUGCCGCUACUGGGUCGAGCAUCUCGAGCGCAGCCAGCACAGCAUCGCAGACGGCGACACAGUGCACGUCUUCCUCCAGAUGCAUCUUCUACACUGGCUCGAAGCGAUGAGUCUGAUAGGGGAGACAAGCCAGUGCGUGCGCUUGCUGGCAAGACUGCAGGCGCUGGUGGCGUAUCAGCGCCGCAUAUCCGACCAAGAUGCCCAACUUGAUCAUCCGCACAUGAUAUUGACUACCAUCCCGCCGACGUCGGCGGUCAUUGAUAUGGGUACGCCUGACAUGGGAAACCCAUUCAAGGAGAGUCCGGAUUACUUUGCGUUCGAUAUGGGGAGUAGUAGGAAGAAGAAGCCUGAGCAUGGUGGCGAGAGUGAGAUGUUGCAUAUUGAGGAUCUUUGA